AUGGGAGCCCUGAAAACCAUCCUCUUCACGUUGCUUCUCUUUCAGGCAACAAAAGUCCACGCACAAAAGAAUGAUUGUCAGUCUCGACUCUGUGGCCACAAACCCCUUCUUAGUACGGUUCCUUUUUCGGUCACUGGCAACAAAAGCUCGAUGGCCGUAUUGAACCUCCAAAACUCGGGCGAUUUUUUUGUUCGCCAUAUAAACUAUCUUUCUCAAGAAAUCCAACUCUAUGACCCGGACAACUGCCUUCCGAAAUGCUUCUUGAGCUUGAACCUCUCGAGCACUCCUUUUACAGCUGAGUACUCGGAAGACUACACUUUCAUUAGCUGUCCACACAAGCUGACUGCACCAACUUCUUUUACCACCAUUGACUGCCUUAGUAAUUCGACUGUGUCGGUAGUUGCAGCUUUAGCCACAGAUGCUGCUCGGCAUUUGAAUACAUGCAGCUAUAGCCGAGUGAUAAGAUUUUUUGUUUUCCUGUCCUGGAACAGUUGUCUAUCUGGGUUUGACAUAGUUCACAAGCAAAGGCAACUCACGGGGUUUGAAAAUUUUCAAAAUAAUCGCACUAUCCAUAGUCAUACCGAGCGUGGCAUCAGGCAUGUUCAAUAUAGGUAUAGUCGGAAGCAGGGCUGCUCGGCAUAUGGCCGCCAUACAAACGCCACAUCAGCCAGCAGCAAGAGGGCUGGACGAGUCCACCAUAAAGUCAUACGAGAGAUGGUUGUUGUAGGAGAGAGCCAGCGCCUGCCAGGGCCCAAUAGUGCCACGUGUCCCAUAUGCUUGGUAGAAUAUCACCCAAAAGACAAGCUAAGAUGCAUGCCUCGCUGUAAUCACUGUUUCCAUUCUGAUUGCGUGGAUGAGUGGUUGAGAUUGAACGAAUCAUGCCCCCUCUGCCGCCGUUCUCGGUUCUCCUUUGCCUUCUCGACCUCAUGCAUCCCUUCCGCCGCGACGUUGCGACUCUACACACGCCCCUUCCGCCAAUCUCACUGCCCACCUAUUCAACAGUCUCACCGGAACCAAACCUUAGAUUUUUUAUGGCAUUUCCCGACGCUCGUCUCCGUCCGCACCCACACCAUGGCGGUCGCGGCCGCCACCUCGUUCUCCAAGCAUCCAAAAGCUGAUGGC